AUGUGUGAUAAUCGCUUAAGAACCAUCUCCAAUUCAAAUUGACGCGCACGUUUUUUUGAGUUCUUAAAAACCUAAGAAAACAAACAAAUUUGUAAGAAAUAGUACAUUAAGAUGUCAUCGUGGAAGAAGGCAUCAAAAAGUAACCAGAAGGUGCACCGGGAGCGGCACCAGCCGGAGUCGCGGCAGCACUUGGGAUUUCUGGAGAAGAAGAAGGACUACAAGAAGCGUGCCAUCGAUGCCCAAAAGAAACAAAAGACGCUAAAGUUAUUAUAUCGUCGUGCACAAAAUAAAAAUCCUGAUGAGUUUUACCACCACAUGAUCAACUCCAAGUUGUCCAACGACGAGCAUCGCGAGAAUGAUAAGAAGGAUGAGCACACACCUGAGCAGCUGGCUCUAAUGGAAACGCAAGACCUUAAGUAUGUGGUCAUGAAGCGCACAAUUGAACGCAAGAAAAUCGACCGUCUGAAGGUCACGAUGGUGGAUGUGGAUGGGACUGCAGGAGCCAGCAAUCAGCGGUUCACCUUCGACGAAGAGGGUCGAAGGCUGGCGGCCCCGCUGGGUGAACGACUGCAAGAAGCGGAGGAAAAGCCGCAAACACCCUUACCUCCAAACUCCGCCAAGCAGCAGCGCAAAAACGAGCUGAAGAAACGAGAACAGCGCGAAAAGGAGCUCGGCAUCGUUCAGCAGAAGAUUCAGCUGAAGAAUGUACUCAAACAGCCGCGUCUUCUCAAGCCGAAGAAAAUUAAACCCGGAACCAAGGAUAGUGCGCCAGUUUACAAAUUCCGUUACGAGCGGAAGAAAUAAGACUAUUUCGCUUUUUUAAGAUCUUUAAUAUAGUAAAGCCAUUAAGAAUUACCUUGAACCU